AUGGACAUUUUGGGCCAGAAAGAACAGCUUGCUAAGGUGCUUCAAAGUGGCUUUUAUUGGCCAUCCAUAUUCAAGGAUGCCAGAGAGUUUGUUCAGCAAUGCAAUGAAUGCCAGAGGACAGGAGGCCUAACAAAAAAGAAUGAGAUGCCUCAAAACUUUAUUUUGGAAGUGGAAUUGUUUCAUCUUUGGAGCAUAGACUUCAUGGGACCUUUUUCCCCAUCAUAUUCCUUCCGAUACAUACUAGUAGUUGUGGAAUUUGUCCCCAAAUGGGUGGAGGCCAUAGCAACAACUACAUGUGAUGCACCAAUUGUUCUCCAAUUCCUCAAGAAAUACAUCUUUACCAGAUAUGGGGUACCUAAGGGUCUUGUUAGUGAUGGUGGCAGCCACUUUUGCAACAAACAAAUGGAGAAGUUACUCCACAAAUAUGGGGUAAAUCACAAAAUAGCCACACCAUAUUAUUCUCAAACCAAUGGUCAGGGCGAAUUGGCCAAGAGGGAGCUAAAGAGAAUCUUAGAGAAGACUGUUGGAGUCACAAGGAAAGACUGGGCAAGAAAGAUAGAUGAUGCCCUGUGGGCAUAA